AUGCCAAAAUACCGCAGGGUGAUCGUCUUUGGUGCCACGGGCGAUGUGGGUUCCGACGCUGCCCUUCGAGCCCACCACGAGGGUGCCGCGGUUUCGCUUGCCAUGCGCAAUCCUUCCACCCCUAUCCCUAAAAUUGAUGGUCUCCCUUUCAAAAGAUACAAAGCGGAUUUGACUCAGCCUGACACCCUGAGAACAGCGGUUCGCGUGGCGGACGCUAAGGCUGCCUUCAUCUACGGAAUCUUCAAUGGCCCUGAUUAUAUGAGGACAGCUCUCCGAGCUCUCAAAGAAGCCGGUAUUGAAUAUGUCGUCUUCUUAAGCAGCUUCAUCAUUCUGACCGACAUUCACGCCGUGGACCCUUCAGACAUAGUCCCCUGGGAGCAUGCCCAAGUGGAAAUCGCGCUAGAGGAAGUCUACGGACGCGAUUCCUACGUUACAGUACGGCCAGCAUUCUACUCUAGCAACAUCCUGCAUGAGAAGCAUGCCAUAUUGCAGGGCGAAGUGAAGUUACCUAACCCUGAUGCGAAAUUUGACUUCAUCGCGUCCGAGGAUAUUGGCCAUGUCGCAGGAACGAUCCUGGUCAAUGGCGCACCAGAGCAUAUUGUCCGGCUUCUUGGGCCUGAGGAAAUGGCACUGAGGGAUGCUGUACUCAUUGUUGGGGAUGUCCUAGGGAAGGAAGUCCGAGUCACCCGAAUCUCCAGGGAGGAGGCUGCGGCUCAAAUGGAAGCAGCCGGGAUGCCUACACCUAUGGUUAAUUGGCACCUUCACAAUGUUAUCGAUCGUCCAGGCUCGUAUCUUCAGAGUCCCGAUGCACCCACGGCGCGUGACAGCAUCUUGAGCUAUGCGAAGCACCCCCCGCACCGUUUUCAAGAGUGGGUGGAAAAGAACAAGGGAAGAUUCCUUGACUAA